UGGACGAGGUGGAGCAUUAGGACGCGUUCCUCGAUGGGUAUAUCACCGAACCAGUAUUGUCAACCGUCCUGUUAUUCUGGAGAUCUAAAAAGACGUCAUUCGUGGAGCAGCGAAAUCGAUUUCCGGGAACCGGGACCGGAAGUUGGAAGCCUCUCCACAACGAGCUCCGAUCCUGCGUUGGACGAAGACGGAGUCUCCUACAAGGAAAAUGGGCGUGCGGUGCAGACGGUGGACCUGGUGGCGGACUGUCAAUUGGCGCUGCCAAUUGUGACGGUCGAGACAACACCGAGUCCUCCGGGGUCGCCGACGUCGACGACGCCUCCGGCUUCUUUCGGCUCGCCGAAGAGCAUGGGUCAACGUCCCAGCAAUCUCUUGCGCCCCAAGAUCUCCUUGACGUGGGUUCUCCGAGGCCACCAGCACCACCACCGGUCGACGAUCAACGGUAACGCCGAAUCCAACCUUAACAUUGACUCCGACGUCCGCGGGGAUGUCCUGGUCAGGGAAGGCAAAGAGAGAUCGUCGAGGAAAUGCGUCAAGAGCGUCAAGGACAAGGACAAGGGCAAGGAGAACAUCGGCAGGUCCGAGAAGGUCGAGAAGAACGUGGUGCACAGAUGUGAAAAGGUCGACAAAUUGGACAAGCCGCUCGACAAGGACAGGCCCAACGAAACGGUGCUGGACCCUUCUCUAGAGAAGAGUCCACGAAACGAGAUUCCGGGCAAAGACCUCAAGGAAAAGGAGAAAGUGAAGAGGGCAGUCUCGGAACCGACCCUGGUUUCCAGAGAUUCCCCUUCGACCCCGAACGGUCGCGAGAAACACAGACAUCGUCGGCCUAAGAGACCCCAUAAGCCUAGACCUCCGUCAAGAUUCGGAUACGAGAUCGCCGACCUCGAUUCAUUUCUGACAAAGGCGUCCAUUGAGAGGCCGGCGAAUAUCCCUGUCGUGUUGUCCUUUCCCUCGGUACUGUACCAGACCCAGGGAGGAACUCAAGACGAGGUGGCUCUUCCUUUGGGAACGGUCGUGAACGCCGUCUUCAAGAAUCAAGCCUGGCUUUACGUGCAGACUCCUCAUGGCCAAGAAGGUUACGUCGGUUACGCAGCUUGCCUGCCUCUUGGCAUAUUGCCGCAACCAACGCGCGGUCCUUGCUGGGAAAACUCCACCGAUGUCUUUCCAAGACCUCUGGGUAACAUGACGGACACUGAAAAGUUGAGAGACACCAGGUCGGAAUGCGGAGCUCGUGCUCGGAAUCCCAGAGUACGUCGUGCAACAAGAGACGCCGUUUCUGCCUGCGGAGAACGCAGCGUCGAUAGACUUUACUUAAGGGCAGCGGCUAAUGCCAAGAUUAAAGGAUCCAGACAUACAUUACUCGUCGUCCGGAAUGAUUACGAGGGACGUGGUGGAAAUGUUAUCAGCGUGUCCAAGGGCGACGUUGUUGCACUUCUCAGCGAUCACGUUAACGAGUGGUUUUGGGUUCGGUCCAGGGACGGUAGGGAAGGCUUCAUUCCUGCGGUUAUCGCUGGACACGGGUUUCUGUGACUUUCCUAAGCCCUUAAAGAUGCUCUGCAAGUAAAAUAUAAGAAAGAAUAGAGUCUCCGCAGAGCAAGAAUUGUAGAAAGAGACGAAACCUUGUAAAUUUGUACAUAAUCCUCUACAGCUUAUGCAUUACAUACUGAUAUAUUUAUUAAAUUCCAUGAUCACGGAAGGAAUUCCUUUUUCAUUGGACAUAGGAAUGAUCUUAUAUAUAUAUGGUUUCUCAGAGGACACGCAAUUAGUUUUUAGAUUAAAUUGUUAGGGGUGGAGACGCAAGACUUUCUAAUGUAACCUGUGUAAACUUUAAACAAACUAUUCUUCGAUGGCAGACCCUCGUGGGGUAGCAACCUUUGAAAUAAACAUUCUGUUGAAGUACUGUAAA